AUGAGCGGCGUUACGGAGCUUGAUCUCAACUUCCGUCAUUACUCUACUGUAUACUAUAUCGGUUUUCUUGAGGCUUCUGUCCCCUAUAAGCCCUUUAACUUGCCUCAAUGCCUCUUUAGCUGCGAUUCUUUAAUCCAUCUGAAUUUGGCUCUCUGCGAUUUCAACUGUCCAUUGAAUUUCAAUGGUUUACAAGCUCUGAAAACGCUCCAUCUUCGACGGGUUCAUCUGAAUUGCCUGCUUCUUGAGGAAUCGAAUUUAAGGGAGUGUUUCAGUCUGGACUACAUCAAGGUUUCUGGUCCCAAUCUGCGGCUUAAGAGUUUGAUCGUAGUAGCUCGUGGGUCCCCUAAGAUUGAGAUUUCUGCUCCAAAUCUCCAAUCAUUUGAUUACUGUGGUGCUCUUUUCUAUGGACCUUCAUUCGCAAACUUUUCACAGUUGGUGGAUGUGAUUUUAAAUUCAAGAGGCUAUCAACACAAGGAACCAGAGCAUGAUUAUAUACAGAUUUUGAAAGACCUGGCUCAUGUUAAGGUUCUAACCGUAUGCGACGAGCCUCUUAAGCAGAUAGGAAUGUCGUCUAAAGAGAAAUAUUACACAUGGGAAGAUUUACCGAUCACCUUCGACAAUCUGCAAGAGUUGCAGCUGAUGCUAACAUCGACUAGCAAUAAAUCUCUCUCCGACCUCUAUGCCUUCUUUGCAAACUGUUUUUUCCUUCUUUGGAGAAACUUUUCAUUCAAGUCCUAACAAAUGAAACCCUUGAUGGCUUCUAUAAAAAAUUAGUUGUGGAAGAGCCUUCGAAUUGCAUUUUCCAUAAUCUCAAGUCAAUCAAGAAAACUGGUUUUACGGGGAGCAGAAAUCAAAUGCAAUUGAUAAAGUUUCUACUAGAGAAGGCCAUUGUGCUCGAUGCUCUGAUAUUAAUUGUGCCAAAGAAUUAUCUGUCUCAAUGGGAAUUUAAUAAAAUCCCACCACUAGUGUCUCUCCAUAAUCAACUUCUGUUGCUACCAAAAGCAUCAUCGAACGCUCGGAUUCUGUUAUGUGAACAGUCACACAAAGAUAGCAACUUAUGGCCCACACAUACUGAAGUUUACUCUUGGUCGACAUCAAAUUAUUAUUAAUUGACACAUGAAUAGCUACCGUUCCAAUGAAUAAUGUAAUGUGUGAACCGUCCGUGCUUAUUUGAAGUAUGCACUUAAAUUGUUA